GUAUGGUUCCAGAACAGACGAGCGAAAUGGCGACGCCAGGAAAAGAUGGAAGCAGCUCGUCUGGGUCUGAGCGAUUACCACGCGGUUUCUUCGUUGUCGCGCGUCGGCAACCCCGCCUUAGGUCUGCCCAUGGAUCCGUGGUUAUCUCCGCCUCUUCUUUCCGCUCUCCCAGGCUUCCUCAGCCAUCCGCAAACGGGCUAUCCGAGCUAUUUAACGUCUCCAGUUGCAGCACCGGACUCGACUCGACCGCCUCCACCCAUGGCCCAUUCGCAGUCCGGAAGUCUCGCGACCACGACAGAUCCCAGGAGUACCUCAAUAGCGGCCCUCAGGCUCCGUGCAAAAGAACACGUCGAAAGUAUAACGAAAGGACUGCAAAUGGUGUAGGGUGACCAUGACGAGACUGACAAUCAAGUGUACAUAAUAUAAUUUUACUUGUAGCAAUGUUGAACGAUAUCAUCAAGAUCUCAGCGGAAUCGGAAAUCGAACCACUUUUGUUUCAAAUAAAUGAACCUGCAGACAGACAUUUUAAUUAAUUUACCUGAUUAGGUAAAUAACUAAUACUACGUACAAAUCUCAGUGAUUCUUUGAGGACUAUCCUUUAUUCGAUUCUGUCGAAGGAUAAAUAAAUGUAUCGUGUCCUACACAAAUGUUAUCGACGUCCGGUUGCGUCGAUCAUGAUUGUACUAUUGAGUUGUAAAUAUUGGAUGUAAAUUUAGAUAGAUAAGCAUAAAUAUACAUAAUUACACUAAAUUGAAUGUUUGCCAAUGCUUAUAUUAGAACCAACCACGUUAUCAAUACUUUUUUGGUAUAUAAUAAUAUACUUGUGGGAACUUAACGUUACCUUUCGUUUUAUUUGAGGUUUAUUUUGGAAAGAAAAUUGCGCUACUUUUGAUAAACGAUUUUCCGAUGGAAUGUUUCUACUUCUAGAUAUUUACGUUUCGUCGUGAGCUUUGGUUUUAAAUAGUACCUAGGUAGGUACGUAAUAUCUAACUAAAAAACUAAAACCAAAUAUUAAGUUGAAAACUGGAAAACCUUAUGAUGA